AUGAGACCUAUCCUGCUAUCCGGUCACGAGAGAGCUCUGACCCAAGUCAAGUUCAGCAAGGAGGGCGACUUCAUCUUCUCCGUCUCCAAGGAUCACAACGCAUGCGGCUGGUGGUCACACAACGGUGAGCGCUUCGGUGUCUACAAGGGCCAUCAGGGCGCUCUCUGGACCGUCGAUGUCGACCCGCGCACCGUCCUGCUCGCAACCGGCGGCGCCGACAACACCAUCAGACUCUGGGAGGUCAAGACUGGAAAGCUGCUGAAGACGUGGGAGUUUGGAACCGCCAUCAAGCGCGUCGAGUUCAACGAGGACGGCACCCAACUGCUCGGUGUCACCGAGAAGCGUCAGGGCCAGCUCAGCACAAUCCUCGUCUACGACAUCAACCAGGACCCUGAGGGCGAGCAGGCCAACGAGCACUCGCUGCGCAUUGUCGUCGACGACAUUCCCAAGGUCACAGUCGCCGGUUUCUCCGCCUGCACCAGAUACAUCAUCUCUGGCCACGAGGACGGCUCCGUCACCCAGUGGGACGCAAAGACGGGCGAGGAGUACGAGCGCGCCUACCCUCACGAGGACGGUAUGAUGGUCACCGACUUGCAAUGGUCCGCCGACCGCACCUACUUCGUGACCUCUUCCAAGGACAAGACCGCAAAGCUCAUGGACGCCAAGACGCUCGAAGUCAUGAAGACAUAUGUCGCCGACACCCCUCUCAACUCUGCCGCCAUCACACCCGUCAAGGACUACGUUAUCGUCGGAGGUGGUCAAGCCGCCAUGGAUGUCACCACCACCAGCGCCCGCCAAGGAAAGUUCGAAGCCCGUUUCUACCACAAGAUCUUCGAAGAGGAGAUUGGCCGUGUCAGAGGUCACUUCGGUCCUCUCAACUACGUCGCCGUCUCGCCUCUCGGUACCGGCUACGCCUCUGGUGGUGAGGAUGGUUACGUCCGCGUCCACCACUUCGACCAGCCCUACUUUGAUUUCAAGUUUGAGGUUGAGCGUGAGAUGAGGCUGUAA